CGCGAAAAAGAAAAAAGCAUACAUCGAAACCCAAGGCAAUAAAGAUGGGCUAGCGCUAACGUGGGCGCAUUAGUGAUGAACGCUAAAAUGCGCCGGAUUUUGAUUAUUAUCUCGUUUUGCUCUAGCCCUAAAUCCCCAAGCGUCUCUCAGUCCUUUGCCCAUUUUUUCCGUUCACUCGAGCAGUUGCCAAAUUAAGUGUAUUAUAUACCAGCACUCGUCUCCCCACCUCUGUGAUCAUCAAUGGCUGACAAGACCGAUUCAGAUUCCGUCCAAAGUCUCACCCCCAAGGAUGUCCAAGAAUCCCCCAAUCCCAUUCCACUGUCACCACAAUGGCUCCUUCCUAAGCCAGGGGAAAGUAAGGCUGGGACAGCAACUGAGGAGAACCAUCCUAGCCUGCAUCCAGUUGAGGAAGUGCAUGAUCACCAAAAGAAAAAAAAUGUUUUCAGGCCAUCUGUUAUGGAUAUGGAUACUGCACGUCGGGACAACUGGCGUGAAGAAGAAAGGGAUACUGGUUCUUCAUUUCGUAGGGACCGUUUGGGUGACAAUAGGAAGGUAGAUCGGUGGGCUGAUCCAUCCGGAAGGUCAUAUGGAGAAACACGGCAUCCCACCACAGAACGAUGGACUGAUUUGGGAAACAGGGAAAUCAAUCAUGACCAGCGUCGAGAAAGCAAGUGGAACACACGCUGGGGCCCAGGGAACAAGGAGGCAGAUGUUGAUGUGGCAACUGAAAAAGGGUCAUCUAAGGACGAUAGGGAAGUGGACACCUAUCGUCCUUGGAGAUCUAGUUUGUCCCAAAGUCGGGGUAGGGCAGAACCACCUCAGCAUCAUCAAGCCUGGAAGGCAAGCAAGCCGGUCCUGCAAGGUCGUGAUCGUGAAGAAAGUGGUCCUCCAACUUCUCAUAUUGGGCGCAGACGCUUUCCUUCUGCUAUGGACUCUGUGAAUAACAUUCCCACACAUUUCCAAUCAGAGAAAGAUGAAAGUGGGAAUCUGGCAACCUCCCCUUUGAAGUAUAACAAAUUCAAAUUGCUUGAUGUAUACAAGGGUGCUGAUGCCAUGACCUCUGCCAAGUUUUUAGAUGGCAUUUUUCCAAUCCCUUCUGUUAUAGAAGAAGAGCCACAUGAACCUCUGGCAUUUUGUGCACCCGGUCCUGAAGAAUUGGCCAUCUUGAAGGAAAUUGACAAAGGGGAUAUCACUGGUAGUGGAGAGCCACAACACACUAAAGAUGGGCCGGUUGGACGAAAUUCAUCCGAACCUCUGCAGUCAAGAAGAAAUAAACAAGGCAGCAGAGAUGAUUUACGCCACCCAUUUAAUGACUCUAGAGAGGAAAUGGAUGGUGGAAACAUGGGUGGUGGUUAUUUGAAUCAUUCCGAAACAGUCUCCAUUGAAAAGCGGGCAAACACUUAUGGCCCCAGUCAGAGAAUGCAGGAUUAUGAGAGAUUUUCUGAUCAUAAGUUAGAUGGUGGUGCUUCCAGAGAAGGAAGUUUUCAUAGUGUUAGUGAGACUUUGCAAAGACAUUCUCCUGUUCUUCAUAAGGAAUCUGACAUUGACUGGUCAAAGACACAGACGAAUUUGAAUAGUGCCUGGGAAAGAAGUGGAGUAGGAUCACCUUAUGCUCAAAAUGAUGGGGUGAAAUCCCAGUUUGGGCCUUCACAGACAUCUCCAGAAAGCUUAAUUCUCUAUUACAAAGACCCACGCGGCGAAAUUCAGGGGCCUUUUUCUGGGAGUGAUAUCAUUGGAUGGUUCGAGGCUGGAUACUUCGGCAUUGAUUUGCUUGUCCGACUAGCGGGUGUGCCACCUGAUACCCCGUUUGCCGUACUUGGUGAUGUCAUGCCUCAUUUACGAGCCAAGGUUAGGCCUCCCCCUGGAUUCGGUACUGCAAAGCCCAGUGCAGAUGCUUCAACUUCAGGGCUGAAUAUGAAUUGCUUAUCAAAGCUACAUUCUGGUUCAGCUGAGAUUGAUGUGCUGAAGAAUGAGCAAAGAUAUUUGUCAGCUGAAACAAAUAGUAUGCCGCCUUUUUUUGGUAGUACCAGUCUCAUGCCUUCUUUGGGUGGUGAAAUUGGAAGCAAUGCGUACCUAUUGGCAAAGAAGAUGCAACUUGAGAUGCAGAGGCCUUUAACAAACCCUUAUAGUCAUCAUAAUGUGGAUUUGUCUGUUCUACAAGGUUUACUAGAUGCAUCUACAGCUGUGAACAGUGGAACAGCAAGCAAGUGGCCAAAUAUCAACUCCCAACAUGCAUUUGGGAUCCAGCAGCAAAUGCCACUUCCUCAGAACAUUUUAUUAAAUCCUUCCGGUAGUAUGUCCACUCCAGAAAAGCUGAAUCCUGCUGGACUACCUUCUCAUGAUCCCCAAUUGUUGAGCUUACUUCAGCAACAGUACCUGUUGCAGCUUCAAACACAACAGGCCCCAGUACCACAACAGAUUUCAGCUCUUGAUAAGCUGCUAUUCCUUGAGCAGCAGCAGAAACAUGAACAUCAGCAAAAUUUAAUCCGCCAGCAGCAGCAACAACAGUUGCUUAUUCAGCUUUUGGCUGAGCAGACUAAUUUCAGACCAUCCAGUAUGGGCUCUCAAACACAGACCACUGCCAUGCAAAAUGAACAGGCUUCACAAUAUGUCACUGCCAUGCAAAGCGAACAAGUUACUUCCCAAGAUGACACUGUUAUGCAAACUGAACCAUCUUCUAUACCUCCGCAACAUCAACUGUUCGGUGAUAUUAGUCAAAAGACUUGGGGUGGCAAUGUGGAGGACCACUCUAUUAGUAGUGUGCAGUCAAAGGGUUCAACAGUGUUAGAAACUGGAGGAGUGGCUGAGAUUGCGGCAUCGGAUCUUCAUUCACAAACUAUUUCUAUAAAGGGAGUUGAGGAAGGUCAACAUUCAGAUCAUACAUCUUCUGUGGAUGAAGUUCAAAACGUUGAACAGCUUGCAGUUAAGAAGGCUUCAGAGAAGAAACCGAAUAAGCAAAAGUCUGCCAAGAAGAUGCAACAGCUUAAAUCAUCAGAGCAUGUUGGUGAAGCAGACACCUCUAUUAAUUCGAGCGGCAUAGUGAAAGAUUCUGUUCCAGAAAUCCAGGAGAGAAACAUCUCUAUAGACACACCAGCUGCUUCCGAUGUACACGACACCACCAGAGAUGGUCAAAGCAUUGAGUCAAAGAACCAGUCUGACCAAUUUGUGGUGGUCCCACCAAUUGGCGUCCAAAAAGUUUCUGAUUUUCGAGCAUGGAAGCCUGCUCCCGGUUUCAAACCCAAGUCUUUACUUGAAAUUCAGGAGGAAGAACAAAGGAGAGCAGAAGCAGAGAGGGCUGCUACUGAUAUAACAACCACUUUCAAUUCCAUCACCUUGUCAACUCCAACUAACAGUUUAGGCCAAUCUGACAGUUCUCUCAAACAAAAAGGUAAGGAAAGCAAGUCACAUGAUGUAUUGGAGGAAAGAUCUGAAGUCAAUCCAAGUCAAAGUGAAUGUACUGCUGACAUCACACCUACCCAGGAUAGUGCUGAUGCUGACGCGUUUAUCGAAGCAAAAGACACGAAGAAGAAUAGGAAGAAGUCUGCAAAAGCAAAGGGUUCUGGAGCUUCUAAGCCCUCUGGGUCUAUUUCACCUAAUGAAGCUAUAGUUGGAUUAAGAAGCCCCAUAGAGAAAGUCAAGAUUUCAAAUCAAGUACAGGCAGGGAAUGAAGUGUUAUCAUUUGCAGUGCCGUCUGGUCCUUCAUUGGGAGAUUUUGUGGUUUGGAAGGGCGAGUCUGUAAAUUCUUCUACUGCUCCAGCAUGGUCGACAGGCUCUGGAAGUGCUCCAAAACCUGCAUCACUUAGGGAGAUUUUGAAGCAACAGGAAGGAGGGAAAGGUUCUUCUGGACAUAAGCACAUUCCGGUGCCAACAACUCAGAAAUCUAUGUUGCCAAAGCAACCAAACGGAGGGGGUAGUCCUUCACAGGGGUUUACCGAUUCCUUCCCAGCUAAGGCGGCAUCUAUGACUUCACGUACUCCUCCUUCUAAAACGAAGAACACAGUGGAAGAUGAUUUCUUCUGGGGUCCGAUAGAUCAACCCAAACAAGAGCCAAAGCAGUCAGACUUCCCUGCUCUCGGAGUGCAAGCGAGCUUGAGAAACAAAAGCGUUGCUGUGAAAGGAAUAUCUGGAGGACAGGUGAGCAAGCAAAAAUCUAGUGGCAGGCCUGUAGAGCAUACUGUUUCUUCAUCACCAGCUACCUCAUCUAUGAAAGGAAAAAAGAAAGCUGCAACAAAGCAGUCAGAAGCCAUUGAUUUCAGAGAGUGGUGUGAGAGCGAGUGCUCUAGGCUCAUUGGAACAAAAGAUACAACUAUACUGGAGUGUUGUUUGAAGCAAUCCAGAUCUGAGGCUGAAAUGCUUCUGACUGAGAAUCUGGGCUCCUUUGAUCCCAAUCAUGAGUUCAUCAACCAGUUUCUUGGCUGCAUAGAUCUUUUGCCUGCCGAUGUUCUUGAGAUUGCUUUUCCAUCUGAUAAAAAUGACAAGGCAGUAACUGGUAGGGAAAGAAGUGCCAUUGCAGCAGACUUGACUCCUACAGAUGAUGGUACUGUUGAAGGAGUGACAGAGAAAGGGAGCGGCAGAAAGAAGGGUAAAAAGGGGAAAAAAGUCAGCCUUUCGGAACUGGGAUUCAAUGUGGUUAGCAAUAGGAUCAUGAUGGGCGAGAUUCAGACUCUGCAAGAUUGAGUUGUGGAAUUUGUAAAUGUCUUUUUUUUGUCUGGGGGAAGGGUGUGUUGAAUCCUUGGAGCAACUUCAGCAGUGGUUAUUUUAAUCCGCUCAAGAAAUUUUGUGAGUUUAUGGUUAACCGUAGGCUUUUAGUUUGUUUGUUACAGUAUUUCAAGACGGUUUUACAUAUAAUCGAACUUGUUUUCUUUAUAGUACUCUCUAAUUAAGAAUUUUGUCCCAAAGGUGUGGUUUUUUAAAAUAAAAAACUUGCAUCUGGUUGAACCCUGCCUUUUUAAAGCAUACCUUCC